AUGGAUACAAUCAUUACCAGCCUGCCAUCAGACGUCGGGGCCAUUCUGAUGAAGAAUGUCUCGAUCAUUCAGGUCGUGUCCAUGUUUGCGAUCGGCGCAUACAAUGCUUUCGAAACGGCAAUUGUCACCUUCGAUACAUUCAAGCGCUACAGCGGUCUCUAUUUCUGGAGCAUGCAAGUCGCGUCUUGGGGCAUUCUUGUUCAUGCACUGCCUGCCAUGGCUCGGUUUGUCUCUCAAGCAUCUAACCUUUCUACGUCCAUCCCUUUCAUCAUCGGGUGGUACGCCAUGGUCACUGGUCAGGCGGUCGUGCUCUAUUCCCGUCUGGAUCUCGUUGUCCGCCACAUGGAAAAAGUGCGGUGGGUGCUGUGGAUGAUCGUCGGGAACUUUUUCAUUCUUCACAUACCCAUGACCGUACUGUUUUUUGGCCUGAACCAAGGCGACGCACGCUUCGCUCGUCCCGCCGCGAUAUACGAUCGCAUCCAGGUCACCGGCUUCUGCGUGCAGGAUUUCAUCAUCUGCGGCAUUUACAUGUACGAAGCAAUCCGAAUUCUCAAGCCCAUGGUUCAGACCCGAGGUCGCAAUGGGCGGAAUGCCAUCAUCCAUCUGCUCUGGAUCAACAUCAUUGUCGUGCUGUUGAAUAUCCUGCUUCUUCUUACCGAGUUCAAGCUGCAUUACAUUCAAGUGAGCUUCAAGACCGUGGGGUACAGCAUCAAGCUGAAGUUGGAGUUCUCUGUGUUUAAUCGUCUCCGGUCGUUGACAAGCAAUCAAUCCAUUCUAUCUCAGUAUGAGCCCGAAGACUGGCGCAGACCAAGCAAGACAAGUCUGCUCGACAAAAUAUUUCCAUGGGUAUCUGUCACCCCGGAUAGAAGUGUGAGAUCUGAGGCUGGUCAGAUAGAAGCGUCACGAGGCGCGUGUACAGAUUUGACUGAGGGUAGCGUAUGCCCUAGUAGCACUUUGUCCACACGACUCUCGGCCACUUCCUCAAACACUCCGCCUACAGCCUCAUCAAACAGUCUGCCCGCGCUGGAAUUGGGUCUGUCUCAGUUCUCACCCCAUUGGAUGUAUGGAAACAACACCAAAAAUUGGGCAAUUGGUUCAUUUUGA